CUAUUCCCUCUCUUCGCUUCAGCUCGUGUAACUUCCGGCGGAGCAUCCGCGCCAGUUUGUUCCGAUGUAGCUAUUCCUACGGAUAAUAUGGAUUACAACGCGUCUAAAAGCCGCCUGACGGGCGUCAUCUCGGGGAAGCUGAGCUUGGCCGCCUCGGAGAUCUUGGCGGACGUGGAGAUGACCUUUCUCCUGUACGAGGCGGAGGUUUCGGCCUUGAGGCAGGAGAUAGACCGCCUGAAGAGCCAACUGGAGCUGCUCCAGCCUCGGGUUAAAGAGGAGCCCACAGACGACCAGAUGCUGUUCUCUCUGUGCGGCGCUGAUGGAGGCGACAGAUGGCAGGACGACGUGAGACAGACGUGUGAAAUAAAGUCGGAGAAUCCUCAGACCCUGCAGAUCGUCUCCUACACCGGGGGCCUGAUGGAGGGCCGACACAUCGACGGGCCAGGUCCUGACGAAGCCUCCAGGUUGACUGACGGGAUCAAUAUGGAUCUCCCGUCUGAAGCCCAUCGCCUCCAGCUCGUAGCCGGCCUGGAAAACUAUGUGGAUCUUAAGAUCUGCAUCCUGACCGACUGGACCAUCGAGGAGGUCUCAGACCAAGUGGAUGAUCAGUACCCGGUUCACGAGCUGCAGUGUCGCUCAGGCCAGCAAGAGGCCGACUUCUUGAAGCUGCUGAGGUCCACCUUCCCUGUGCUGGCCCCCAGCACUCCCUUUGAGUCCUUCAUCACUGACCCGACCAACAGGCUGCAACCUCUGGAGCUGCAGGCCUUCACACCGGAGCAGAUCUGCCGAGCAGCGGGGAACUCUGCCCUCUACAUCCGCCUGAAGUGUCCAGUUGAGCAGGAAGCAGGAAGUUGUCAGCCCACCAGUACUCAUGACUUUGACGAUGAAGAUGCUCCGCCCAUGGAGCUUCAGACUGCACCCGACGCCAACAGAAACGAGACGCCCCAGGAAAAGCCGGUUGAAAAUCAGAGUCAUCAUAAUGAUGUCAUCGUUCUCAAAGUCCGUGUUUUUGAGGACUCCCGAAUUACGGCUCUGUCCAAGACCGUGCUGAAGAAGUACAAGUCCAAAAAGCUCCGGUGUCCCAGUGGGAUGCAGGAGGCAGAACUCCUGAAGCUGCUGAAGUCCACCUUCCCCCAGCUGGCCGCCGGAACGCCGUUUGAGUAUUUAAUCACCAACAGCACCAAGAAACUGCUGCCUCUGAAAGUGAAGUCCUUGACGCCAGAACAGAUCAGCAGCGCUGCUGGGAACUCUGCCCUCUACAUCCGACUGAAGUCUGUAGAGGGAAACAUCAAGUCCAGCCUGAAAGAUCUGCUGGCAGAGGCACCAAGAAAAAAAAAAAAGUCUCAAAACAAAGAAACAGACGCCCUCAUCAUCCUCAAGGUUUACAUCCUGGAGGACUCCAGCAUCGAAGUCGUCACGUCAGAAGUGCGGAGGAAGUAUUGUCUGAAUAAACUGGCGUGUCCUCGUGGGUUGAAGGAAGCGGACUUCCUGAAGCUGCUCAGGUCCUCCUUCCCCCAGCUGACCCGGUUUGAAUCCUUUACCUGCAACCGCUACGGGAAGCUGCUGCCUCUCCAGCUGCAGUCCUUCACGCCUGAGCUGAUCCGCACGGCGGCCGGGACGUCUGCCCUCUACGUCCGGCUCCAGCAUCCAGAGAAACCCAGUGAUAGAACAGAAGAGACUCGGCAGAACAAUCAGGACGCAGAGAGUCCAGCUGGACCCAGUAACGGAAAUGAAAACCCUAACCCAGCGGAUGAUGAAGACACUCACAUCAGCCUGAACGUCUGCUACCUGCAGGAUUCACAGAUGGAUUCGUUUUCCUCUCAGGAAGGAGCUUCUUCCACUUUCAGCCUGCAGCGCCUUUUCCAGAAGUUUCCGAUCCGUGAGCUGACGUGUCCCCGAGGUCUGCAGCAGUCCGACUUCCUGGCCUUCCUCAGAUCCACGUUUUCUCAGCUGGGUUCUGAUCAGCCCUUCAGUGUUUUUGCUCUUCAAGGCCAGAAGAUGCUGCAGCUGAACCUGAACAGUGUGACUCCAGAGGAGAUCAAGGCGACCAUCGACUCUCUGGGGGCUUCGGUCAUCUGCAUCCAGCAGCUGAAGAAUCUUCCUCAGAAAGAAGCCGAUGAAUCUGAAGAUCCUCGUCCAAGAACUCCACAAGACAGCAUUCAGGAUCCCAGCAGGAUGACCUCUGACCCCGACGACCUGGUGGAGCUGAAGAUCUGCAUCGUGGCCGACCCCAUGAUGGACGUUGCCUCUCCUCUAGUGUUGCAGAAAUACCCCAUCCUGGAGUUCCAGUGUCCCGGGAGCCUUCAGGAGGCCCAGUUCCUCAGCUUGUUGCGGACGACCUUCCCUCAGCUGGCCGGAGAAGCCUUGGACUUCCUGACCGGUCACGGCGGCGACGUGAAGCCCAUCAACCUGCAGAAUCUGACGUCUGGUGACAUCAGCAGGACCCUGAGAUCAGCCGGCGGUUCUCUGCUCUACAUCCGCCUGAAGGAGCAACGUAACGUCCAGACCAGCGUGAAACGGAGUCGCUCUGACGUUUCUCCCACCAGCAAAAAAGGAACAAAACGAAGAAAAAGAUGGAAGAGUCAGUCCAACACAGCAGCACCAAGUGAGGAUGAUGAAACAGAAGACAGCGAAGACGACUGCAAUCAGAAUAAUGUAAAGUCCACCGAAGUCUCAGAUCUGGAGCCCAAACGCAGCCCAGGUAGUAAUCCUGUGGAGGAGACGGUCAAACAUCCCGACCCGACGCCGAACAUCCAGACAGACGACGAGCGGACCGACGACAGCGAGGAUGAAAACUACUACAAAAAUCCUCUGGUUUGCAAGCUCUCUCUCGCUCUUCUGCAGCCGGCGACAUCUGGGCAGAGUUCAGAGCAAGACGUGAAGACUGAACCCGAGGAUCCGACGGGACAGGAAGAUCCGACGGGACCGGAAGAUCCUGGCGAGGCGGCGAACAGCCAGGGAGACGAUGACGAAACGGAGGACAGCGAGGACUACGACGAGUGCGAAAGCACAAAGUCUUCCCGCCUGUCGUCUUUUUGCCCCAGGAGGCCAGAAAAUGAAAUGAAGGAAACCACGAGCAAAAAACAAGUGAAGAAGAAUAAGAAGGAGAAGAAGAAUAAGAAGAAGAAGGAAAAGAAGAAGAAGGGGAAGAAGAAAGAAGUCAAACCGGCAGUUGGAUCGACAAACCUGAGGACCGAAGAGGUGGAAAUAGUCGACAGUGAGGAUGAAGGUGAUAAAAACACAGAGUCCACUGCAGUCGCGUCUCUGCAGCCUCCAACGUCUGGUAAAGAUGCAAAGAGACAAACAGGAGCUGUGAAAACGGCAAAGAAGAAAAAAGUGAAGCGUUCACUAAACAAAGAGACAAACGGCAAGAAAGAGGAGAUGGAGAUCAUUGAUGUUGAGGAUGAUGAUGGAGACGAAGCAUCUUCACUGCCUCAGGUGUUUGUUCAGGAUAAAGUGAAGCAAUCAGCAGUAAAGACCCUGAUGAACAUGGAGGCGGUGGAGAUAGUCGACAGUGACGAUGGAGACAAAGACUCAAAGACUCAGAGGCUCCUCAGCCUCAGAUAUCUGGCAGAAACGGCUUCACUGAAGAACCACCUCCAGACUCACCGGAAAAACUACACCUGCAAAGUCUGCGGGAAGUUUUUCCUCACCAAAGGCGGCUUGAAGGGACACCUGAGUCGACACAAAGGGGGCGCUCCUGAGCUGAAGUAACCUGAAGGCCAGGACCAGAACCUGGACCAGAACCUGGACCAGAACCUGGACCCGUCUGCAGAGGAAACCUGCAUCUCCUCAGGAAAACUGUAAAAACUAAAAACUGUAAAAACUGUAACGUCUGGAUAUCAACUUAUGCUGACGUUGUUCAGCUGUUCCUUCAGGUUCACAAUGUCAGAACAGCAACUGAUCAGGGUGAGUUCUGGUCCGGUCCGUGUUCUCCUCUGGGUCCGGUCCGGUCCGUGUUCUCCUCUGGGUCCUGUCCGGUCCGGUCCGUGUUCUCCUCUGGGUCCUGUCCGGUCCGGUCCGUGUUCUCCUCUGGGUCCGGUCCGGUCCGGUCCGGUCCGUGUUCUCCUCUGGGUCCGGUCCGGUCCGGUCCGUGUUCUCCUCUGGGUCCGUGGUGUUUCUGGUGUUUCUGGUGUUUCUGGUUCCUCUGGUUUGUUUUGUUGGUGCUUGAAGAUGAUUUUUCUGCUGCUCCUCUCCAGCCUGUCGAAACGGACCAACGUCCAGAGUUUGGUGUUGAACUGGUUCUGGUUCCUCACUUUUGGGACAUUUCCUCAUAAAAAGUCAUUAAACGGUUUCAGCAGAAAGUCCUGCAUAUAAUUUUUUGAGUUUUAUAAAGAUUUUAUAUUUUUAGGGGAAUUUCUAAACCGUGACUUUUUUUAAGUUCUCAGAUGAUGAAGAGAUUUUUGUUGUUUUGAAUUGUAUUUGAAACAUUCUUUAUGUUAUUGUUUUAAAUAAAUCCUUGAGUUUUAAUUAUUGUAUUUCUGCCAUACUGUAAUUUUUCAUUUGGUGGAACAUUGUCCUGCACCACAAGAAGUGGCAUAAAUGACGGCGCAAUUAUUCACAAUCAUAUUCUCAGUUAUCACACUUUACAAGCUGUGUUGUGUGUGUACAUUUAAAAUAUAUUAAU